AUGCAUUCAGCAGCCAGCGUCCUCCCUAAACUUUCCUUCCUGCCCAUCCGACCAGAAGAUGACCAAACUCCAGCCAAAGGAAUCACAGGCUGCUCCUUUGGUGGGAAACUGUAUGACCUCGGGGAUACCUGGCACCCGAAUUUGGGGGAGCCUUUCGGCAUAAUGCACUGUGUCGUGUGCCAUUGUGAAGCUCAACGCAAUCGCCGAGGGAAAGUGCACGGCAAAGUGAGCUGUAGGAACAUUAAACAUGACUGCCCGGAACCUCUCUGUAGUGACCCUGUCUUACGCCCUGGUCAUUGUUGUAAAAGCUGCCUGAGAGACACCGAGCCCCACUCGGAGAACAAACCUGAGCACCUGCUGGACGGCUUCGAGUAUUUCCCUCUCGAGAAAGAAGACGACCUACAAAAGAGUUACAACGACCGCUCCUACGUCAGUUCCGAAGACACCACAAUGGACGACAGCAGAACAGAUUUUGUCGCCUUACUGACCGGGACAUCCCAGGACUCCUCAGUGUCCAGCGGAGUGGCCAAAGCCAGAUUCACUCUGGUCAGAUCCAACCUCGUGUUCGCCAUCCACUACGAGAGACUCAGCCGCCCCAUCAGAGUGAGUUUCAGGGACAGCACUGGUACGGUUUUGUUUGAACAUCCCGUCCACAAGACCACAUCACCUCAAAGCAACCUGAUCUGUGGCAUGUGGCGGAACGUACACAAACCUUACAUCCAGCUUCUCAAAUCGAACCAGCUCCAUGUGGCUCUGAUGACACAACCCCAGACAGACGCAAUCAUUCGAGGGAAGAUUGUCAAACACAGGGCUCUCUUUGCUGAAACUUUCAGCUCUGUUCUGACCUCGACCGACCCCAGGCAGUCUGGACUGGGGGGGAUUGCAAUGCUGACCCUCAGCGAUGUGGAAAACAACCUGCAUUUCAUUGUCAUGUUCGAGGGGUUGGCGGAGAGGAGAGACAAAGGUCAGGUCCAGUUCCCGGUGCGAGUGCAGCUGCUGUACAGAAACCGUCCUCUCAGGGAGGUCAGAGCCAACGUGACGGCCCAUGACCCUGAUUUUGCUGAAGUGCUGACCAACCUGAACAGCAGAGAGAUGCUCUUCCUGUCUCGGGGCCAGUUACAGAUUGCCCUGGAGACGGAGGGCAGGAGCCCACACCGCAUUUCAGGCUUCAUAACCGGCAGGAAGACCUGUGACACCAUCCAGAGUGUCCUGGCAGGAGGAAACGCUCUCGCACAGACCAAAACCGGGGCCGUGGGUUCAGCCAAGUUUACUCUGCACGACAAUGGCACCCUGGAAUAUCAGGUCCAGGUUGCUGGCACUGCCAGUGAGAUCAUGGGAGUCACCAUUGAAACCAAACCUCGUCGAAGGAACAGACGCAACAUCUUGUAUGACUUGACUCCUGACUACAGGAAUGGUUUUGCGAUUGGAGCUUGCGAUUAUUUCAGCGCCAGAGAUAUUCACAUGCUGCUGCAGAACGAGUUGUUUAUCAACGUGGCAACAAAGGACUAUGAAGAUGGGGAGCUGAGAGGGCAGAUCAGCUCUUUACUGUACAGUGGCCUUCAGGCUCGAUAUUACGAGCUGCCGAUCCCACUCGCCGGGCAGUUUGUGUUGCCACCGGUGAGGACUGGCUCAGCGGGACAUGCCUGGGUGUCCCUGGAUGAACAUUGCCAUCUGCACUACGAGAUUGUGGUGGCCGGGCUCAGCAAGGGAGAGGACAUCACCAUCAACGCGCAUCUCCACGGCUUCGCAGAGAUCGGCGAGAUGGGCGAUAAUAGCCAGGAACACAAACGUCUCCUGAAAGGCUUCUAUGGAUCAGAGGCUCAAGGAAUAUUGAAGGAUCUCAGCCCAGAACUGCUUAGACAUCUGAACAGAGGAACCGCGUUUAUUCAAGUUAGCACCAAGGUCAACCCCAAAGGAGAGAUCAGAGGGCCGGUGCUGAUUCGCAACCAGUGCAAGUCGAAGGGAUUCGAUCUUCCCGAAGAUCCUGAGUACGAGGAAACUUUUUUCCAGGAGAUGAGAUACGAUCCCGAGGAGCUGAAGAAGGAUCCGAACUCCUGCUUCUUCGAGGGGCAGCAGCGGGCACACGAGUCCCGUUGGUCCCCAGACUACGACCGCAAGUGUUCAGUCUGCUCAUGCCAGAAACGGACAGUUAUCUGCGACCCUAUCAUCUGCCUCGCUCUCAACUGCUCCCACACCGUGCAGCCUGCAGACAGGUGCUGCCCAGUCUGCAAAGAUAAAACAAUGGAGGAACAGAAGCCUGCGGGGGACCCGGUUGAAGGCUGCUAUUUUGAUGGGGACAGGAAGUGGCAUCCAGCUGGCACCACGUGGCACCCGUACAUCCCCCCCUUCGGGUAUGUGAAGUGCGCGGUGUGUACCUGCAAGGGAGCAACCGGGGAGGUUCACUGUGAGAAGGUUCAAUGCCCUCGUCUCUCCUGCAGCCACCCCAUCAGACGUAACGCAUCCAACUGCUGUAAAGAAUGCCCAGCUACAGGGAUUCCCCCAUUUGACCACACAGAAAUGAUGCAGGCUGACGGCCCCAGGCCCUGCAAAAUUGGACGCAAUACAUACACGAACAAUAUUAAAUGGCAUCCCGAGGUCCCUCCCUUUGGAGAGAUGAAAUGCAUUACCUGCUGGUGUGAUGAAGGGUCAACAAAAUGUCAGCGAGAGAAGUGCCCAGUUCUGACCUGCACUAACAUCGUCAAACCAGCCAACCAGUGCUGCCCACAGUGCGGAGGUGGUGAGCGAUUGAAGGAAGAGAAGGUGAGCAGGAGCUGGGGCACCAAGCCUUACUAUGUCUGAAUGUGCUGCUGGAGGCACGUCGUGGAGUCGGAGUCUCCUUCAGCUCGCCACGCCGGGGAUCAGAGAACAGGAGAUGCCUUUGGAAGAAAGAUAGCCAAAUCAUUGCCUUGCACACAGAACCAUCUGGCAGCGAACCCACUCAGGUUAAGGGCGACAGAAUGCUUUGGGGCAAGGCAAUGAUUUGUGUUCCUGAGAACCAGACUCCAUGAAGUCCAAACCUUGGCAGACAGACCGACCGACCGACCCGCCGACCGACCGACCGACCGCUCUACAUAACCAAACCGAUCCUCUGUCAAAAUGAAGGGUGGCUUUGAAGAGCUUUUCACAGGCAAAAACAUUUGGACCACUGGAAUGGGCUGGGUCUCCACGAAUAAUUCUCCCGUCCGUAUUCAAGUGCGACCGAGGGUUUGGCAAAUGGAUUUCCUCCGCGACUUCAGACAGUUUUCAGAGACCUCGAACCUCCCUGACCCAUU